AUGGAAUCUAUUUCCUGUGAAGAUGGUGUAAACAUUGUUGAAAUGACAACAAAGGAUGUAGAAUAUGCCCUAUACUUAGUUGAUAAAGUGGCAGCAAGGUUUCAGAGAAUUGGCCCCAAUUUUGAAGAGAGUUUUACUACUGAGCUAAAGUUAAUCUGUGGCGAUGUUCUGGAUGCACUGGACAAACACCUCAUUCCAGCAGCUACCACUGGCAAGUCCAAGGUUUUCUAUUAUGAAAUGAAAGCGGACUACCACAUGUAUCUGGCAGAAUUUGCCACAGGAAAUGACAGGAAGGAGGUGGCAGAGAACAGCCUGGUGGCUUACAAAGCUGCUAGUGAUAUUGCAACGGGUUUCUCCAUGUUGGCCAGGCUGGGCUUGAACUCCUGGUUUCAAGUGAACCUCCCACCUUGGCUUCCCAAAGUGCUGAGAUUACAGGCGUGAGCCACCAUCCCCGCCCCCUGAAAAUCUGUUAGGACGACAGUCUCGCCAAGGCAAUGCAGUCGCAAUAUGCCGUUUCCGUUGCAAUCACAAUAUGACAUUUCCAUUUACUUUGGAUUAUACGUCAUUAUGAAUAUUAACAAGACUUAAAAAGGACACCUUCGGAUUUCCUGUCUUUGUGGGCUGAUGGACUAGAGGAAAGAUGCCUGUUGACGGUCAAAGGCAGAGCCUCUUCGGCAGCUUCUUACAGCGCCUUCUUUAACAGAGAAACAAUCUGCAUGGGGUCUAGAAUGGUUCUGAAAUCCUGCUGAAGGUUUCAAAACUUCCUGGGGGGUCUCCUGCCAGAGCGCCUACGCUGCCCCUGGGCUGGCUGGCCAGUGAGCCCCGUCUCCCAGCCUGACAGUCCCCGCAUCAGCCUGGACCGUCUUUCGGGACCAGCCCCAUUUGCACAGCCUGAGCUGUAGAGGGCCCUGGAGUUCGGGGUUCUUGUCCCAACUGUGCCCCUGCAGGCCCGUUCCACCCCCUGAGGCUCAGUUUUCCCAUGUGCCUAAUAAGGAAGUCAUGCUAGGUGGGGCUUACAGCCUCUUGCAGCUUUGCCAUUGAUCACUUCCGUGUCUUCAGAGAGGCUGCCAAGUCUCCUCUGAAUGAAGUUCCCCAAAAAGCAAACGUAAGAAAAUACACAGAGCUUACCCAGACACCAGGCCCUUUAGAAAUAGACCAUUUCUUACCUUAGGCCCCCAGAAGGUCCUCAUUCUAGCUUUGUGGAGAAAAGAAGAGUCUUUGCCUCAGCCCCCAGAGGUUGGGGUGGGGUGGCUGAAUUUUGAGGCUGGGAUUGGCAACUCUGGUGAAGCCCAAAGUGACACGGAUGGUUUCAAAGCCACCUAGAGGAUAAGGUGUCAGGACAGUGACAAGACCCCAGGUCCCUAUCACACACCAGAGCUCACUGAGCCUCCACCUGGGGUCUCUGCUGAAUCUCUGACAGGCUAGGAGAGAAGGGACUGGGGGUACUGACCCCCAGAAAGUCAGAGAAUGUGGCAGUUGGAGGACCUGGGUUUGAGUCCUGGAUCACCCCUUCCCCACCUUGGCAAACUACUCAGACUCUGGAAACCUGUUUCACCUGUAAGAUGGGGAUGACAAUCAAACCCACCUUGCAGGGCUGUGAAGAUGCUUAAGACAAGUGCAUGCAAAAACUUUCACACACACAAAGCCUUCCUAAAGAUGGGGAGACAAGGCAUCAUGAGCAGCAGGUGGCCAGGCACUAUGUGGGGGCUGGAGUCCUGUUUUCCCUGCAAUCUGGGAAAGGACUGAUGGGCACUUAGUAGGUUUUGAAUCAUGACCCUGGACCUCAGGUGGCGGUGUGCUUUGUGUCUGCAGCAGAAGGCCCCAGCCUCGUGCCUGUGAGUCCCACUACCAAUGUUGAAGGGGUGGACAGCAGGCGGGUGAGCCCCAGGCUGGCAGCUAGCAAGACCUCUCACGUGUGAGCCCAGCACCCCACUUCCCCUGAAAUGUGAUGUCCAGUGCUCCAGGCUGGGGGCUGUGGAUCCUGAUUCCAGCUGUGUGAGGGCUGGAAGGCCCUAGGCAGGUCACCUGACCUCUCUGGGCCUAUUUCCAUCACACACUUGAGGGGCUGAGCACACUGGACUCUAUAGCUGUACAACUCCUUGGCUCUGCUUUUGUUCCUGAGGGCCCCUUAGUAGGCAGGGAAAGUUUGAGGGCCUCAGGGCUGGGCCCCAAGACUCAGAUGCUCUCAACUCCCCUGGAGUGCCUAACUCAGGGGAACACACAGGCCCAGCAGGCAGGGUGCCUCUCUUGCUCAGCUCGUGGAGCUGUAUGUUUUUUUAGCUUACUAUUUUACUUAAGAAUAGAUCAUGAGCAUUGACUAUUCUAAAACAUGACUUUCAUGACUAUAUAAAAGUCCAUUGCAUCAAUAUACAAUCACUUAACCAAUUCUUUAUUGAAAUGGUGGUGUAUACAUACAAGAAAAUACCCUUCAGCCCUAAAAAAGAAGGGAAUCUUGCCAUUUGCAACCACAUGGAUGGACCUGGAGGACAUUAUGCUAAGUGAAAGAAGCCAGGCACUUGUUUUCCAAUUUCUGGUUGAUUGAUGUGUAACUCUUUAGACAUUGAAUCUUAUUUGGACAUGAGAUGUGAGGCACAGACGGAACUUUAUGCCUUUCCAAGCCCUUAGUCAAUCAUCCCUGCACCAUUGAUUUAAUAAUCAAGACAUCCACUCCUCAAGGCUUUGAAAUGCCUCGGUGCCCAUGUACUUCAUUCGUACAUUCCUGCGGGUCUGUGUGUGGGCUCCUUUGUCUACUCAUCCCACUGCUGUUCUAUUCUCGUGCUAGUCCCAAACCUCUUUGACUUUGUAGCAGAAAGUUCAGUGGCCGGAUGACCAACCACGCAAGGCUGGUUCUGCUUUGGUUCCUCUACUGGAUAGGGCUUGACCCCUGCUUUUGCUUGGGAAUGUCAACUGCAGCCAGUUGUUACUGAACAUUUAGUAUUGACAUGGAAAACCAGCACUUUCUAUUUAAGAGGGAAAAACUGUUGUGAUGAUUGUGGAACUAGCUCUUCUAACUACAGUCGUCAUCCUUAAGAACGCCCAUCAUCACCCAUAUCCAAGAGACUGGGAAAUCUCAAGAACUCUGGUGACACUGACUUCUUGCAGUUCUGUAAAAUGAUCCCAAACUACUACUCUUCUGUUCUCCUAACUGCUUUUUGAAAUUAUUGUCUCCUUCCUUGGUGUCAAGUCAUCCGCAGUCACUUCUUGCCUCUAACAGCUCUCCUUGUCAUAUUCUGUCCUGAUCACCCAUGGGUUGCAAACUCCAAUAAUUAAGCUUGGU